UUAUACAAGUUUACAUUUUUACACAUUCAAAAGCAAGCCGUUUGAUGCACAAAAUAAAGAAACAUGCCACCUUAGUGUGAACAAAUUCUCAUCCUUUGUGCAUCCUUACCAUUUUUUGCGAGAACAAACGCAGCUAAUAGUAAACAACAUAUUGUAACUAGGAUACUAUUGUCAACACUCUAUGUGUCCGUAAACAUCUGUCAGCAAGCUGUGAACCAUUGAGUGGCAAAGAGCAGCUUCCUGUCUCACGGGCAGACAUGAAAACAGAGGCCUUUACAAUAAGCCUCGACGUGCUGUGCAUUAAAAACCGCAAAACACAGGAAGUUGUCAUACUUCUGGCACAGAGAAGUGGCAGUUUGAGGAAAACGUAUGAUUUACAAAAUAAUAACUUUCAAUUAGAUUGUCAUUUUUUGCAAAUCCACAAAAUGAGCCUGCAUUGAUAAAACUCCCUCAUGCAUGUUCCGCUGCAGAUGUCCACACAAAAAUGUUUUGUACUAGAGUUUUGUGCUAAACCAGCUGCAGGUUUGAGUCUUGUCUUCUUCACGCAGCAGUGAAAUAAAGAAGGAAACUCCUUAGGAGAACCUUCAGUAAGAAUUUUAAAAGCAACAGGAAAUUGCAGUCUUAACUAUAAUUUACGGAAACAUCAAGAUAACAGCAAUAUCACUUGUGUAUAUCAGAAUUCUUUGAUGUACUGGUGUAUAAACAAAGCAGCGCUCUGUCUUGUUUGCUAAACACAACUAUAAAGGUUGUGUUAUAAAUUAUCCAGUCAUAUGCUCUUGAAAAUUGCAUUUAUUGAUUUAAAUUUUGCUGGCAAGGCAAAGAGAAAGUCAUUUUUCCCCCUAAAUAUUAAUAAUUUCUGUCAUAAGUAGAGCUUUGAAUUUUAGGAGGUGGAGACCAGACUUCAAUGGACACUUCUCAGACUGCAGGAAGAUUUCAACAACUGAUAAAAAUUUAAUACUUUAGUAUUAUUUUUUCAUAUGUGUAGAUAUUUAGGUUGAGGUUAAGCAUGCAUUUAUUUGGUUUAUGAGUUGGAAGCACAAGGUGAAACUACAAGUUUAAUAAAUUAGUUAGUGUUGUCAUAACUUCAUGGUUACCUAACUAUUUUAGUUGCCAUAUUUGCAGCUGUAAUUCAGAGAAACCAUUCAGGUUUUUCGGUAACUCGUCAUGUUGUUUUGGUUCUGUUUGCUACCAGUGUCAACAUCUUUUAUUUAUCCUUUAAUUUUGUCUAUUUAUUGGUAUUUUUCCAAAAACAAGGCUAUGGCAUGCUUGUGUACAGCAGCAGCGAGCAGAGCCAAGAUAAAGGGGGUGGGCUGUUUUGCAAACAUACCAAAGGACUGAGGCAUUUAGCCUCAGAGUCUCCUUAGGUCACAGAUCGACCUCAGAGAGUCCUGCUGCUCUGAUCAUCUCUGGCCACCAUGAUCUCCUACCUUCUCUUACCUGCUGUCAUUCUCCGUGUUGCCGUGUCACAACAAGUUACCAUUACCGAUGAGCUGAAUAACCAAACGUUCAGUGUUUUCACACAUGGAAACAGUACGACAAACCCAAACAAUAAGUCAACGGGUUUGUACAAAGAUGAGCUGAAAGACAUUGAGGAUGAACUGGAAAAGAACAACCCAUCUUUAAUUAUCACAGAGGAUAAUGAACAUUUCCAGGACCAAAAUAAUGAAAUCCUAUACAAACAAUGCCACCGGGGUGAGCUGAUACAGUUCAGUCACCAGUACUGUGGUGAACAUUUUCAUGCAGAAAUGCAUGAUAUCCACAAAGAUGACUGGUGUGUCCUGAAACACAUUAUCAGAAUCUACAACAAUUUGACGCUAUGUGUGGAGCUUGUGACUGAGUUAACUGGCUGUUAUUUUCCAAAUCCUGAUGUCCAAGACUUCUUCCUCUACAUCCACUCCACCUACUUCCAGAACUGCACGAAGAAAGAAGAGCUGCUUAAAGAUGCCCCUACCAGCCUGGUGGUGGCACUCACCAUCAUCGAAGUGAGCUUUAUCCCUGUCCUGGUUUGUCUGGUACUUUGGAAAAGUUAGGAACUGACUGGCCCAUAUUUUUUUUUAAAAAUACUUAGCUUUGAACAUUUUGGCCACCAAUGCUUUAAGCAGAAGAUUCUUUGAUUCAUACAUGGAUUCAUUUCUACAAAAAAGUGAGCUGUGUAAAAUGUCUUACAGGAGCAGAUGGAUGAAAAGGAAAAAAAAUACUUUAUUAGUUCUCCUGAAUUUAUCUAAAACAGGAUUUUUUUUCUGCUUUUUUAAAAAAAAUAUUAAGCAACAUCUCAGAAUCUGUUUUGCUUUUCAGGCACAACAAUUAACACGGCACAUAACUAUUAUUUUUAAAACAGUCUUAUUGAAGUAUCAAGACCACACACUAAGCAAUAAAAUCAACAUUAAAAAACUAAUUCUCGUAAACACACAAAUACUUUCUGAAAAUAAUGAUGAAAAAUUUUACAUUUUUGAUUUAUAAAAAAAAGUAAACCUUUGUCAAACUUUACUAAAAGAAGACUGAUAUUUUUUAUAUGUACCACUAGAGGGAGCUCACUUACUCAUUUGAGUCCAUGCGACACAGUUUUAAAAGCUACACAUACAAGUCCAUUUAAGUAUUAUUGACAUGUCUGAAUUUAUGUUGACAAAAACAACUCAAACUCUUUAAACUCAUUAAACAUUCACAUGUUUAAUGACUUGUCCUCUUGAAAAUGUGAAAGAUUUCUGUAUCAACUUUAUUACUUUAUAAAGCUAAUAGAAGAGUGCCUCAAAAGCUGCAAUUGUAGCGAAGGAUGUUUCUACAAAGUUUUGACUUGGAAGUCCAAAUAUAAAUGGAUGCCACACUCUUUUUUUAGAUAUUGUCACAAUUAACUGGAAAGUCUUGUAAUUUAGAUUGUUUUGUUCCCUGAAAUAAGUUCAGUCUAUUGCAACUAUGAUAACUCCAUGUGGACAACUUAGUGUUUUACACAUGUAUUAAAAGCUCUGAUUAAAGUCUAAGCAUUUUUUGCUGCAUAGGCUAAUCCUUUUAAGUUAAAAUGAAAAACUUAGAAGCAAAAAGAGACAAACAGUUUCUACCCUUUGUGGUAAACAAAUUAGCAUGGCAGAAUAGUAUUGAUCAAUUUCCUCUCUGAAACACUACAGUCACACACUGACGACCUCAGCCUUGCUAAACAACAUUGUAAGUAAAUCUUGCAUCAAAUCUUUGAAAAUCAAAUGUAAAAAGUCAAAUUCUAUGUAAAAUACUGCUGUUUUAUUUUUGAAAAUAAAACAUACACAAUUA